CAGGGCGGGGCCAGAGGCGCAUUAGCAGCUUGUCAAUUUCGGUUGCUCAGACUUGCCCCUGACUCUCCGAAACUUGUUGCGGCUCCGCGCGCCCGUCUCCUUUUCCCCUGGCCACUCGUUGCCUCCCGCUCCCCGACUCCUUGCUCCCGACUCCCCGUGGACCUGCUUUUCCCCAGAGCUCCGGAGCCGCCGGAUGCUGCGGGCUGCGGGCGGAGGCUUGAGGCUGGGCGCUGCCCUCCCCACGGCGCGGACCAUGCUAGCCUUGGCGCUGCUUGCCUUCGGAGCGCUGCGAGCGGGAUCUGGAAGCUACCUGGCUGUGAUCGCCCCCCAGGACCCGACGCUGCUCAUCGGCUCCUCCCUCCACGCUACCUGUUCAGUGAGCGUGAGCGGCGGUGAUACACCCACGGCUGAAGGGCUCUACUGGACCCUCAACGGCCGGCGGCUGGCCCCCGAGCUCUCCCAGGUCCUCAACGCCACCACCCUGGGCUUGGCACUGGCCAACCUCAACGGCUCCAAGCAGCAGUCGGGGGACAACCUAGUGUGCCACGCCCGGGAUGGGAGCAUCCUCGCUGGCUCCUGCCUCUAUGUUGGCUUGCCCCCUGAGAAGCCUGUUAACAUCAGCUGUUGGUCUAAGAACAUGAAGGAUCUAACCUGCCGCUGGUUCCCAGGCACCCAGGGGGAGACCUUUCUCCAUACCAACUAUACCCUUAAAUACAAGCUUCGGUGGUACGGGCAGGAUAACACAUGCCAAGAAUACCACACCGUGGGGCCCUAUUCCUGCCACAUUCCCAAGGACCUGGCACUAUUCACGCCCUAUGAGAUCUGGGUGGAAGCCACUAACCGCCUGGGCUCGGCCAGGUCGGAGGUGGUCACCUUGGACAUCCUCGAUGUGGUUCAGUGUUCAACUGGUCAGGGUGUGGCUAGCGGGAAGAGACCCAGCCUGAAAGGGAUUAAUUCACCCAAUUCCUCACCAGUAACAACAGACCCCCCACCAGAUGUCCACGUGAGCCGAGUGGGGGGGUUGGAGGACCAAUUGAGUGUCCACUGGAACUCCCCACCAGCGCUCAAAGACUUCCUUUUCCAAGCUAAGUAUCAGAUCCGCUACCGAGUAGAGGACAGCGUGGAAUGGAAGGUGGUGGACGAUGUGAGCAAUCAGACCUCAUGCCGCCUGGCGGGCCUUAAGCCAGGCACAGUCUACUUCGUGCAGGUGCGCUGUAAUCCCUUCGGCAUCUACGGGUCUAAGAAAGCAGGAAUAUGGAGCGAGUGGAGCCACCCCACGGCGGCCUCCACCCCCAGAAGUGAGCGGCAGGGCUCCAGUGGGGCCUGCGAGCCUCGGGGAGGGGAGCCCAGCUCCAUGCCAGUGAGGCGGGAGCUGAAGCAGUUCCUCGGCUGGCUGAAGAAACAUUCCUACUGCCCCAACCUUAGCUUCCGCCUCUAUGACCAGUGGCGAGCCUGGAUGCAGAAAUCCCACAAGACCCGCAACCAGCACAGGACGAGGGGCUCCUGUCCUCGGGCAGACGGAGCACGGCGAGAGGUCCUACCCGGAGAUAAACUGUAGUGAUCCUAGGUCCUGGGCCAGGAGGGCACCUACCCACCCUAAUGCCACCUCCAAAGAGUCUAUGAAAUAUGGAGGGAGGAUAUCUGGGGCUCCUCUACUCUAACCUGGGGAUGCCCCCCUAAGUUCUCCCAAGCACUGGAACUAUGGAUUCAUCCAGGAUAGAAGAUGCCCGCCUAAGCCACAGCCCCUGCUCCCUGCCUCUCAAUCCCUAUUUCACCUGGGCCCCUGUUCCCAAAAUGGGCAGCCCAGGCUUCUGUGGAGCCACCAGGCAUCUCAUCUCCGCUGUCUGGCAAGGAGCUGUCCUUAAGAACAAGGCCAGUGCAGGAAUAGAACAAGGCAAGGCUUUGGGGGGAGGGGGAGUGGGGGAAGAGACCAGGCCCCUGCCUCUUGCUGUACCCAUAACCCCUCCUGCUUCUGCCCAAUUCCCUGUCAAAAGAUUCUUAUAAAUAAACGACUUAUUUUUGGUGAA